AUACGCCUCUCUCUCUCUCGCUCGCUCGCCCUCGUGUUCUUGCUUGCUCGGAAACCAUGCGCGCGUCGUCGAGCCCGUGCCUAAUCUCUCCCCCAGCUUCGAUCGCGACGACGAUCUCCUCGAAGCCCCAUCGCUUCGGUUUCGAGCUCGGCGCGAGGAAGCAUCGCUCCGCAUCAUGCCGAGCAUCUUCCUCUUCGUCGUCGUCGUCGUCGUCGUGGAUGAUGACGGACUUCGACCUGUACGAUCUCCUCGGCAUCGACAGCUCCUCCUCCCACUCCCAGGUCAAGCUCGCCUACCGCUCCCUCCAGAAGAGGUGCCACCCCGACAUCGCCGGCCCGGAGGGCCACGACAUGUCCAUCAUCCUCAACGACGCCUACGCCGUCCUCUCCGAUCCCGCCUCCCGCUCCGCCUACGACAAGGAACAAGCAAAGACCUCUGAACUUCGAGGGUACACAGGGAAGCCUAUCUACUCGGUAUGGCUCGGGUCCGACAGCGAACAGAGAGCGGUGUUCGUGGACGAGGUCAAGUGCGUUGGCUGCUUGAAAUGCGCGUUAUGCGCAGAAAGGACGUUCGCGAUCGAGUCGGUUUAUGGGAGAGCACGGGUUGUUGCACAGUGGGCUGACCCCGACCAUAAGAUUCAAGAAGCAAUAGAAGCUUGUCCCGUGGAUUGCAUCUCUAUGGUUGAGAGAUCGGACCUGGCAGCUCUUGAAUUUCUGAUGUCUAAGCAGCCAAGGGGCAACGUAAGAAUUGGUGCUGGCAACUCAGUUGGUUCACGCGUCUCAAACAUAUUCGUUGAUGUGAAGAAGUUUCAAACCCGGGUUACUGAGGCGAAGGGCAAAGCUGCAACAAAAGAUGAUGAGCAGACUGAUCUACAGAGAAAGGCUCGAGUUUCAGCUAUCCAGGCAAUCAGGUCUAUCUCGAACUGGAUAUACUGGCAAUCGCCCGACAUAGGAAGCAAAGCCCUGACACGUAGAACUGGAGAUUCAAGUGAACCAACCAUCAAGAAACUCCGCGAUGCUGCGGCGUCCAGGAAAUGGGCAAGUUCCAAAUCUGCGAGUGCCAAACGAACCGCCGUAAGCCGCUUAUACCAUGAUGAGUAUUGGAUUCCCACCCACCACAUGCUUCCGUCUGCGAGCGCAACCGAGGAGGAAUCUGCUCCUAGAGUUUCCAAGGAGUCCUCAUCCAACAAAAAGCAAAAGAGACGCGAUCCUGGUCCGAGCACAAAGGGGAAUACUUCAAAGAACCCACUACUGUGGGCGUUUCCAAUCUGUGCAGCCUCGGUUGCUGCCGCAAUCGUGAGGUCACAGGUUGGGGAUGGAACGGUUGGUGAGUUGAAACAGCACUUCGGCGGAUCUCUAGCACUGGAGAUCGUUAACAGCUCCUGGAUGCAGGUACUGUUAGCUGGGAUGACAUGGUAUUUCAUUGGUGUGGUGGUCGUAGGGCUAGUAGAAGCCGCUCUAAGCAAAGUGGGAUCAGAUAAAGAACCAAAGAAAAUGUGAAUCGCAUUGUAUAGUUAGAAUAUACCCAAAGAAGUCACAGGUACGUAGGACAAUUUCGAUACACACCCCCUAAGUCGGAGGAAUGUCUGAUACAGAUGCUCAGCGCAAUCAUUGAAUUUGCCUAUAAUAUAGAUUAUUGAUGCUGUGAUUGUUUCCAUCAUUUCGUUGCUAACAUUUUAAACUUUCAUAGCAUCGUCCCAACAGAAGUAGAAACGAAACAUUCAGGGCGGGACUGGAUGG